UACGAAAGUGAAUAUCAACUUCAAUCAAAGUUAUCUUAGUCGCUUUGGCGGUUUAUCAAUUUGUUAACAAUUAAUUAACUUUAAAACACAACCGUUAGUACUAAGUUUAUAUUUUUUGGUUUCUUUAAUCUUUUUCAAUAAGUUUCGUUGAAAAAUUGUAUAUUAUAUUUGAACUGCUUAUUACUAGACUUAUAGCAGCAUAUAACUUUCUAAAACAAUGGCAAAUGAGCAAAAAGUUAAAUUUGAGGAAAAUCAAAAUCUAGAAUUCGAUAUAACUAGAAAACGACUAUAUGAUAUUGUUGUACUUGGAGCUUCUGGUUAUACUGGAAAGUAUGUAGUUAGAGUAGUUGCACACUUGAGUAAAAAGUAUAAUUUUUCAUGGGCAGUUGCUGGUCGAAAUAAAAAUUUACUUCAAAGUGUAUUGAAUAGUAUUUAUGAAUCAAUAGAUGGUUAUAAGGACAAAAUAAUUGAUAUCAUACCAGUUGACUUAAAAGACUUUAAAUGUGUUCAACUAAUGACAAAAAUUACUUCAGUAGUGAUAAAUUGUGUUGGACCAUAUUAUUUGUAUGGGGAAAUAGUUGUUAAAUCUUGUGUGUCUCAAGGAACACAUUAUGUUGAUGUUACUGGUGAAUCUUUGUUCAUGGAUAAAAUGGCUUAUAUGUAUAAUAAUGAAGCUGAAAAAAAUGGGUCUAUAAUUGUAAAUGCUUUAGGCAUGGAAAGUGUUCCUGCUGACUUGGGUGUCGAUUAUUUAUUUCAAAAGUUUAAUGGUAAUUUAACAAGUAUUGAUAUCUAUAUGAAACUAGGAAGCAAAUCAUCUAAAUUUAAUACAGAUGUGAAAAUGCAUGAUGGAACUUGGAAAAGUAUAAUAUACCAUUUAGCAACUGGCAAUGAACGUUUACGAAUAAGAAAUUUACUAGAUAAAUCCAUUGGAAUGACUACUAGACCAAAACCUAAUAUCUCUAAAAUAUUACAUAAGCAAGAAAUUAGUAAGAGAAGCCAGUGGUGUCUACCUAUGCCAGAACCAGAUCAAGCUGUAAUAGCAAGAUCAUUAAAUUAUUCAAAAAUAGUUGAAAAAAGAACUAUUAACUGUGAAGUAAGAAAUUACAUAGUUAUUGGUAGUUUAAUAAUGGCUGUUGUCAAUCUAUUUUUAUGUGUUUUACUAUCGUGUUUAGUUUUAAUUCCACCAUUGAAGACCCUUUUUGUUAAUUUUCCAAAAAUAUUUUCUUUGGGAAUAGCAAGUGAACAAGGGCCAAGUGAAAAAAAUAACGAAAACUCAUUUGUUUCAUUUACAUUUAUUGGUAAAGGAGACAUCUCCAUUAAAAAUACUAAUAAACAAAAUGAUUCUACCAAUACUAUAAUUUUAAAGAUCAAAGCUUCAAAUCCUGGUUAUGGAUUUGCUAGUAAAGCAGUUGUCUUAGGAGCAGUAACUUUAUUGCAAGACAAUAUUCCAAAAGGUGGUGUGUUAACACCAGCUUCAGCAUUUAAAAAUACAAAUUAUUUGAAGCGAUUAAUUGAACAUGAAGCUAUGGAUAUUGAAUUACUGUCAAACUCUAUAAAUUUAAAGAAUCAUACAGAUUAAGGAUUAUUUUCAAUUUUUAUUUUAACAGCAGUGGAUUUUUUAGCUAUAUUCUUGGCAUUGUAUAAUUUAACAUUAUUUUUUUGAAGCGGGAUUAUUAUUGGUAAUAAAUUGAACGCUCACUUAUGAAUAAUUUGUUUGAUAUUUUUUAAUUUUUAAUUAAUGUAAUAAACAUUAAAUUUAAACAAGAAUGAAUAAUUUUUACAAAAUAUUUGUUCCUUAUUUUUAUGUAUAAUUAAAACUUAAAUGAAAAGAUUUAAAUACAAUUGUGACUAUUAACGCGUCGAUGAUCGUCCAGCGGUGGAACAUACACUGAUUAAAACUAUGCUACAAUAGACACAUUGCUGGCCAGAUAAACAAAGAUAAAGAUACAAUAUUAUAUAAUGAAUCGUGUUAACAAUUAUUUUUACACUUAUUGUUAGAAUAAUUUGUCAAAAAUAAAAAAUCUUUAUAAAUGGAAAAAUAUAGAUUAGUCAAAUACGCAAUAAAAACUUAAUAGUAAAAAAAUAUUUUUUUUUAUUGGUUAAAAUAGACUAAUAAUCGAAAAAUUGGUUGAUAUAUUCUUUUAAUUCUAGACCCUUGACAUAUUGUUCAAUACUCAGAAACCAAAAAAAAAUAUAUGCAUGCGGAUUGGAAAUUUAAUAUACAUAUCUCAUUAUCCGGGCAAGAGCUUCCCACUAAACUAUCCAGCAGUUAUUCUUAAUCCCCAAGUACAAGUCUCUUAAAUAGUUAAUGAUAAUAUAUAUAUA